AUGGCGUCGACCCCGGAUCUCGAAGACGGUCUCACCGAUUACGAGCGCCUUCGCGAGGAGAACAUCCGCCGAAACGGGGCUAUGCUUGCAUCCGUCCGCCGCAAGGCCGACGAGCUCUCCGCCGCCAUCCGGUCCGCUAAUCCUAAACGAGGGCGUGGGCGUCCCCCCGGGCAGUCCGGUAAGAAGCCCUGUAUGAAGCCCGACCCCCCGGCCAGCUCCAUCGUACUCCGCUCCAGCGGCCUCUCUCCCGCCUACCUCUCAUCCUCCCUUGCGUCCUCCAUCCUCGGUGCUGCCUCGUCUUCCCCAGCGGAGGGCAAGACUCGUGCGGACGAUUUCGAUGCUGGGAAGGAGCUGGUGCUGAAACCCGCGCACGUGAGGAGGGUGGUGACCUCCCGUGUACUGUCGAUGCGGGUCCUUCCACUCGUCGACCGGACCGUGGUGGCGGCGGGAGACAAGUUCGGGAAUAUUGGGUUCUGGGACGUCGACGGUGUCUCGGAGGAUCAGGAUGGUGACGGUGCAGGCGUGCUGUACCGGUAUUUGCCACACAAGAGCGGUGUGGCGGCAAUCGUGGCGCACCAAGCGGCACCACAGAAGAUUUACAGCUGUAGCUAUCAGGGUGAAAUUUGUCUUAUGGACUUUGAGAAGGAGAACUUUAAUAUGAUCCAUUUGUGUGAGUCUCCUGUUUACUCGCUCUGUCAAGCACAAAAUCGUGCCAGAUGCCUAUAUUUUGGUGAUGGAAAUGGUGACCUGACACUUUUCGAUGAGCGUGUGGGUAAGGUAUCAACCAAAUGGAAUGUGCAUGACAAGAGAAUCAACUCAAUAGAUUUUCAUCCGGAGAACACACAUAUGCUUGCUACCAGUUCAAGGGAUCGAACAGCCUGUAUAUGGGAUGUGAGAAGUAUGAAAAUGAAGGAGCCAGAUAGCUUGAAGGUUUUCAAACUUGAUGGACCUGUUCAGUCAGCUUAUUUCUCACAUAGAGGCUGCAUGUUAGCAAUAACAAGCCUUCAUGGUACUGUUCGAGUAUUUAGCAUGGAUGACUUUGAUAAGUCGCAUGAGCAUAACCAGGCAGGCAGUUUGCUUCAUAAAUUCAAGGUAAUCUGGGGUUGGAACGACACCGACCUAUAUGUUGGAAACAAGAAUAAGGCAAUAGAUAUUAUCUCAGUUGAUGUCAAUGACAGUGGCCUCUCGGCUCGGAACAACACAUGUCUUUGGAGUGAAUAUAUGACAUACGUUCCAUGCCAGUUAUCUGCACACCCAUAUAAAGUUGGCCAUCUUGCUUGUGCAAAUUGCCGUGGCAAGGUGUUCCUUUGGACCAGUGCUUAAAUAAAAAAGAUCUCCAAUGGCUGACUUGUGAACUGGUCCUGGGCUCCGGGCUCUCUUAUUCCUAAGUCAUGCUUGAAAGAUUACUUUUAUUAUGAUGGCUGUAACAUGUUGCUGGAUAUCCAGCCGAAGAAAUGUAUCAUAUUUAGUAAGUAUUAAAGCAGGGUAUAUCACUGUCUUUGAUG